AUGUUGGUAAGCCACGUCUUAGCCUACGAGAAUGUAUACGACAGAGGUUUUCUUGGUCUUUGUCAUAGCAUAGGUAUAGAAUUGGUGGCCUUGCUUGGUGUUGAUAUACGUAUUAGGAAGUGUGAUGCUGACCCAGAAGCCUUAGCCAAGUACUGCCUUGCUUUAGUUCGUAAGGACCGCCCCAUUUCAGAGCUGAAGGCUGGCAUGAUUGAGCAGCUCGAUGUUUUUCUUCAGAGCAAUACCAAGUCAUUCGUUGAUAAGUUUCUACAAGUAACAACCACACGAUCCUACAUACCAAAGAGCUCCAGUUCAUCACUGUCGUCGUCUACUGGGCCAUUUUCGACAGACCCUUCCUCUCCUAGUCUGAAUAAUAAUAGUGACUCCGGCCCACCGCCCUUGCCCCCAACCCCAGUUUCAAAGCAGUCAUCAGGCCACUCUCCUGAUUCAACCACCCCCCCAAACGCAGUUCCUCCUCCUGCUACCUCCUCAUCUACGGGCAUGCAGCCUGCCCCACACCACACUCCAAGUUCUGCUGCUGCCCCUCCUCCUCCACCACCCCUGAGUCGCUCCACCCCACCUGUCCCAGCAUCUGUCAUCACUCGUAAAGAGGAAGUGUCCUCUUCACAGAGAUCCAGAAAGUCAGAAUCUGAUCGAGAUCGUGAUGACAGGCGGGGAAGACGAAGGUCACCAUCACGAGGAAGAUCCAGGUCUCGUUCACGUUCCAGAUCAAGGAGUAGAGACAGGUCAAGGAGAUCACGUUCCAGAGGUCGCUCCGGGCGCAGUAAAUAUGAGGACAGGAGGAGAAGAUCACCACCAACAAAAGGCCUUCUGAUUGAUGGGACUGUCUUUACAAACAGAUAUCGUAGGUCAAGAACUCGCUCACGUACUCGAAGUCCAAGACGGUCAAGAAGUCCACGACGCUCCAGGUCAAGAGAGAGAAGAUCAAGGUCUAGAAACAGGUCUCGCACUAUCAGUCCAAGAAACAACAGGACAUCAGGCCGUGGGAGAUCACCACCUCCAACCCCACGGUCACCGACACCCCCAAGGAAAUCAAAAUCAUUGCCAGAGGUGUGUACUGAGAUGUUCACAUUAAACAUUGUUUCAUGUACUCGUAUAGUGGAGUUGGUUAUUAUUGCAUUUACAGAUGAGAAAAGAGAAAGUCCACAUGGAACCUCACCUGUUGCUGAGGUGAGGCCAGAACCAAGGAGCGAUCCAAGUUCUGUUAUCCAGAGUGUCAUCGCUGUGAAGCAUACAGACUUUGUGGCACCACCACCAACGGGCAAGAAACAAAGGUGUCGUGAUUAUGAUGAGAAAGGUUAUUGUAUGCGUGGUGACAUGUGUCCCUUCGACCAUGGCUCAGACCCAGUGGUGCUCGAGGGUAUUGGGGGAGUGCUGGACUUUCCUCCACCUCCAGUGCCAGGUGCCCAAGGGUACACCCCGGCACCAGCUCCACCACAGGGGGUGCCUAGACCUAGGCAUCCUCCCCCAAGACAUCCACAGUAUGGUAAGACAAUUGGUGAGUAUACCCCCCGUGACCCAAGCCUGUGGGGUGGCCAGGUCAACAACAGUACAGGACCUUACUACGGAGCCAGUGGUCAGGGAAGAGGGACAAGCGGCGGGGGGCCUCGUUUCUCGGCACCUCCACCACCUCUUCCCGGUGGCACAUCUAGGGAACUCAUCAGUGUGCCUGUCAAUAAUGAGGCAUCCAUGGUGUCAAGUGGGGGAGUAAGACCGUCUCUAGCCAAGCGCUUGGGCCCAGCAGUUCCUCCAGCAAACAACGUCAUGCCCAUGGCCUCAAAGCCAGGGCGUCCUGACCUUGACAAUUGUACCCUCGAGCUGAAAAAAAUACCUCCAGGAUUGAACACCAUUUCUCACCUGAAUGACCAUUUUGCAAAGUUUGGCACAAUUGUUAAUAUUCAGGUUCAAAAUGAAGGUAAUCCAGAGUCAGCGCUGGUCACAUUUGCAAGCCAUUCAGAAGCAAACGCAGCCUACCGCAGCACAGAGGCAGUGCUCAACAAUAGGUUUAUUAAGCUAUUUUGGCACAACCCACAGAAUAAACCAGAUCGUCCUGGAAGUUACCCGUCCCACACUGUCAGACCUGUGCAUGACAGACUGGGCGUCAGACACCCUAACAAAACCCUCAACAAGAUGGUGGUGGAACACACAAGUGAGGACAAAAAUGAAAAGGUGAUGAUCUCUCGAGGCAGCUUAGUCAAGACUGUUUACAACACUCAUGCCCUCCAUUCUGCUGCUGCUGCUACUGCUGUUGCCUCUUCAACUGCAGCUGGCCCAACAACUGGAGUUGUUACUCCCACCUCCCCUGUCAGUGGCCCUCCCUCUUUACCUGCCACAGCACCUGACUCGACGCAAACUGCUGCCGACAGUAAAAGACAAGAGAUUGAUGCAAUCCUAAAGCAGAGAGAAUUAUUAGCUGCAGAGGUUGCUGCUAAACAGAAGGUGGAAAAGCAGAAGGCAGAAGCUUUAAAGCUAAAGUCAGAGGUUGAGCAGAGGAAAAGAAUGCUGCUGGACAAACAGAUGCAGCAGCUCAAGGUACUUGUAACAAAAUUUGACAAAAACAAAGCCACCAUGAAAGCAGAAGAGAAAAAAUUACUCCUAGAAACUAUCAAAUCCUUGCAAGCAGCCAUUGACACAACAAGAUCACAACUCGUAGCAGGGGAGACGCCCAAAAGCAAAGUCCAAGUAGACAGAGAAAUACUUGACACUGAACUUGAGCUGUACACUGUCCAAGCAGAAGGCGGAGACAUUUCCAAACUCCGUGCACGACUCAACCAGCUGCGAGCACAGCAACAGGCAGCAGGAUACCCUGCCUCAAGAUCUGCAAGACAUGCUCCAUAUAGCACGGCAAGGGGAGGCCAUUAUGGUCGAGGGAGAGGAGUAACAAGCUUGGCCCGAGGAGGUUUAAGAGGAAGGGGCAGGGGCAGAGGGUACGGCGGGCACUCAUUUUCAUCCGUUGAUCGAAGAACCACCAAGAUCAAUGCCUCUGGAUUUGAACGUGAAGAUAAGGAGGAAGUGUUGGCUCACUUUUCGACCCUAGGCACUGUCUCCAAUUACAUCUGGGAUGAUCAGACUCCAGCUGUAACAAUUCAUUACUCUUCACGUCGAGAGGCAGAAAAGGCAAUGUCAGAGGGGAGAACCCUUGGCGAUCGGCUCCUGACCCUCACCUGGGCCUUUGAUUCCCCCCUGCCUGUCUCCUCACAGGCUGCGGGAGGAGUGGCUGGGGGACAUCAUGUGGCCGCACAUGCCUACUCCAAUGUUGCCCCACACUCCACCACUCCGUCUCUCUCACCGGAUGAUACACUAGAGGAAAUCACAGAGGAAAUAGUGGAAGAAGUGGAAACUGAAGAAGGGGAGCACCCUGAACUCUUUGAAGAGGAGGAAGAAGUGGAAGAGGAUGAGGAGGAAGUCAGAUCGUGGAGGAGGUAGAAUAGGUAGUAAAGAUGGUUAGCAAAAAAAGUAAUGAGGUGGAAGGCACAAAACGAGGAGUGAAAUGUAGCAUUAUUAUAUUGUAGUGUGUGCGUGUGGUGUGUGUAUGUUGGAGGACUCAUUUCAGUGAGGGUGAGAUGAGCCUGCUGAUCAUGUAUACCCUCCCUCCAUACCCCAUCGUUCAUCGCUCCUUGUGUAUAUCCACCCAUUUUCUCUCUCUCUGUUUUUUAAUUCCAUGACUUGGUCACCUUGCAUUCAUCAUAGUGUAAACAAACAAAUCAUGCUGCAUAGGUAAUUCAUCGCAUCACAUGAAGGAAAAAUCAUGUAUGUCAUGAGAUGAAGUGAUAUUUGGCACGUGAUAAUAAGGCAUUCUUUCAUGGGUUCAUCUGUGGUACAGUACUUUAAAUGUAGGCUUGUUAAGGUUUAAGACAUGAUAUGUAAUCAUUCUGAAUGGAUGUGGGAAUUGACCUCAAAGGAAUAUUAUUAACUGCUAUAUCUUUGACUUUGUUUAUUACAAUUAAAAUGUUGUGGAGGAAUUUACAGAAGGAUGAAUUAAUGGUAAUGUGAAUUACUUAAAAGAGAAUUUUCAGAAUUAUUCUAAUUAGUGACUUGAAAUAUAUGUGAACCUUAGAAUGUGUAUCUAAUAUUCACUCAGGUUCACUUAUGGGUUGGCUUUAAAAAAAAAAAGAUGAAUAUACAAAAUAAAAGUUUAAAUAUAUUUUUAUUACUUUGCUCUAAAGUCAUCGUGUUGAUAUUUUUUCCAAAUUCUUGAAAUAGUUUUUCUAUUAUGAACUUCUCCCCUUUCCCAAAAAAUGUGCAUGAUGACAGUCAUUAUUAGUUUAAGCUAUAGUUGUCAAGAUGUAUGUCAUGAGUUGAGAUGUGACUGAAACCAUUUGGUUAUAUACCUUUUCAAUGUUUAUUUAAUGUGUUCUUUGUUAUAUAAGAUCACUGUCUAUGAUUAAGAUGAUUAAAUAUUCUCUUUUUUAUAUUUGGUGUACUGUAAUACAGAAUACUAUUAUCUAUUCAGUUAGAUAUUGAAUGUACAAGCCUUUAUGUAUUUGAUUUAUUCUUAUUGGAAAAGUAUUAUCAAGUAUCAACCACAUAUAUUUUUGGAAAUGGGGGUGAGUGGGGUCCUUGUAAAAAGAAAAACAAGAAAAAAUUAUUAGCGAAACUUUGAUAACAAACAAAAACUGUUAAACCUUCCCUAUGUCUAUAGGUUUCAUUAAGAGUUUACUCUGUAUCCUCCCUGAAAAAGAAACCUUAAAAUUGGAAUGGGUGUGAUGUGCUCUUAUUAUUCACAGCACGUAGUUAUUUGAAGGGUAAUUUCUGUAACCCAUGUGCUUCAUGUAUGCUUUCAAGGUAGAUUCAUAUUCAAUCAAGUCAACCAUCUCACGUAAAAAAAUUAAGUAGCUGCUGAGGUAUAUUCUGACUGUAGGCCUUACUGAACUGCUAUCAGCUAAAUUGUCAGUGAAUACUCUGUCAGUUAGAAACUAUCAGUGUCAAGUAGAGUGGUUGGCUGGCCUUUCUUGUAUUAUAAAUGAAGUAUAUAGCAAGUUUAGGAAUAUCUAUAUAGCAGGGACAGUAUUUAUUUUAUUUUUGAUUGUUUAGAUUUUUUUGUAAAUAUAGUCUGGCCUUUUCCUUACAUGUUUUUUAUAGGAUUUGUUUCGUGAACAGUAACCAGCAAACUGCGGUUUCAGAAAUGAAGCUGGAUAUAGAGGCCAACAGAAGAGAAGAUCAUUGUUUGUUUUCCAUAAUUUUAAUUUUUUCCUAAUUUCCAGAAAGACCCUUUUUAUAUCUUCUAAACUUACGAUUAAAACAUGGGGUGAGCUAGCAAGGAAAAGCAGUGAUAUGCUUUGUGGUGAUGUUAGCUAUUAGCUUGUGAUACGUGAUUUCCUUUUAGGAUAUUAGGAAUAACAAUUACUGGAUUAAUAGAACAUCAACUGAA